GAUCAGGCACUCGACAUGCUCCCACAGAAACCCAGUAUACGUUUAUUCUCCUCGAACUCACCAAAGUCGAACUCGUCGAACCUAAGACAAUUAAAGCCUUUGACGGACGAACACUUCGUAGGGUUUUGUACGUGGCUCAUGAUUCGCCAUGGUGACACAUUUGGCUUCUAUGUGGUGUUGCCAUAUGGUCAUAAAAACAUAUGGGAUGUCCUGGAAGUCCAGAAGAACUGUGAAUGAGAUACAGGAGGAACUUAACCACAAAUAGGACCGUGUCCGGGACAAACCUGCUAGGUCACAGUGGUAUUCUCGUGCGAAAUUUGGUUCGCCGGUUGUGAUGACUACCUCCCUGGGUGGCAUCGUGGGAAGUGGAUGGCAGGCCAUCGAGACCCAGACGGUGCUAAGAAGCAAAUGGCUGAAAUUUUCUUAGUUGAUCACGGCAAGACGGUGCAGGUGCCAUUCGCAAACGUUUACAAAACGGAUAGAGACUCUUGGAAUUAUCCUUGCCAGGCUAUCUAUCAACCGUAAUUUCGCCGUGUCUAAUAAGCGAAGUGGCGAGUUUCGUCGGUAUGAAGAAUGGCGUUUGUGCAACAGUCCUUGGUGGUUCGUGUGGAGUUGGUUGAUGCGUGUUAGCUUCUACUUUCGACAUUUUUGUUUUGUUGUGGGUUAACUUUCAGAUACACAGCCAACAGCUAGCACUACACCCGAGACCAUUUUAGCUCGGCUUGGAGGGCAACUCAUGGUCCUGCAGGUGCGCAGUGCGACGACAUCAGAAGAUACAAAAGAAGAACUAUUUAUUGGGCGCCUGUACCAGCCGGCUCAGGAGUUUCAUGUUAACAAACAACUUUUAAGAUGUAAUAACGAAAGACCCACCAAUCAGUACUAAUAUUAUUUCCAACAACAUAAACAUUUAUUUUUGUAUAUGGCAGAGAGGAAUUGGAAUGAAUCAUGUUAGAACACGUAUCUGUUGCGUCUACUCUUUACAGGCUAGUUAUACGGGUAGAAAAAUUACUACUAGUAGCCUUCCAUCUACCACAGGCAAUUUUAGACUACGUAACAGCCAGCCGAUCCCAUCGUCUUACUUGGCUUUAAUACUUUUAGCAUUUAUAUUAUUUUUCGUUUAAUCAAUUAGUUAACGAAUGGCACAAUACUGUAAUAAUCAUAAGGUUACUCAAAGGAUUGCUGAUUGCGCCUGUCGACCGCCUAACCAGCGUGUAAAACUAGGAUAAUUACGUGAAAGUAAAGAGCGUCAAGCGCCGUUGUCGAGCUGAACUAACUUACUUUUGUAAAAUUGUUCUAAUUAGGGACGCUAUGUUUACAUAAAUGCUCAAAUGUUUUAUUUAUACAUGCAUUAUUCUAUAUAUACUUGCGGUAAUUUUUAACAGAUAUUUUAGGUUCUUGCAAGCCUCUUCCUGUACGUUGACAGCAAGAUAUCAGUUUUUAUGAAAUAACGAACUCAACAGGGUUCCCUGCUUGUUACCAUUUAUCCUGGUAGAUCACAUACGCGACCGGUCUUCCUACGAUCCGAGCUCGAUCGAGAUAUCGGCUUGUCUUAACACGAAUUUCGAUGUGCCUAUAAUUUCCUACUGCUGCCAGGUGUAGAUGAUUUACUGAUCGAUUUGUUGUAGUUUCUUAAAAAUAACAAAGGGAUUAGAUCCAGAUCAAGAGACGCCCAGGUUGUGCCCUGACACUUUACAAAUGAGGACUUUGGGUGUCAAUCGAAUAUGCGAUGUCCAAAAUGGAAAAUUUUUGGUCUGGGCCACGAAGUUCAGGAAGCUGAUUGCGGUGCUGCAAAAGUCACGAGUUCCGACCUUAGUCCUGGUGGCCUACGUGGCUCUAUUUGCUGUACAAUAUGUGCUGGUUCGUGGUUCACAAACGAAGUCAGGAAGCUAUUUAUACAACGUUAUGAUCGUUGUUGGAUACACCGAGACGGUGAAACUGGCUAUAGCGUGCGCUUUUCUUUUUAAGGAGUACCAUUUACGGGAGCUAUGUGUUCUCUCUCGAAAAUACUGGUUCGUACCUUUACUUUACGUCCUUCCAUCAGGUCUGUACUGCAUCAGCAAUAAUUUGGUUUUCUAUAACCUGCAAGCGUUCGACCCAACAACGUAUAAUACCCUACUUCAGUUUCGCAUUGUUCUCACGGGUAUAGUAUUUCAACUAAUCUUCAAACGGGUUUUAUCCCCCAUUCAGUGGUUUUCGCUUCUGUUACUCACAGUUGGGUGCCUCGUUAAACAGCUGGGAACUGCGGGACCUCAACAAAGCGUUAUCAGCAGUUUAUUGCAACUUAUAAGUUGGGACGGCGUUUUGUUGUUGGGUCAAAUUCUAUGUUCUUGUCUCGCAAGCGUCCUAAAUGAGCUAUUUUUAAAGGGCGAUACGGGACCAUUUAUGCUGAACAAUUUUUGCAUGUAUUUCACAUCUGUCAUCGCCAACGCCGUCGCAAUCAUUGGUCGGAGUCUACUGUACGGUAACGUCGACAAAACGCAAUUUACAGAGAUUCUCUCCGAGCCUCUUGUGUUGGCUAUUAUUAUAAACGGCGCUGCUAGUGGAAUGAUGAUCCCUUUAUUUUUGCGCUACUUCAAUUCGAUCACCCGAGUAUUUACGGUUUCGAUUGAGCUAACAUUGAUGGCUUUUAGUUGCUGGGCCGUCUUCGGAACGCCGCUCAAUCUUGAGACAGUGGCUACCAUCAUAAUUGUGUUGAUCGCUACGUACUUAUAUGUCAAAAAUCCAGUAAGAGAUAAAACUCAUAAUGAUACCAGUAAAAACAAAGGCGACGAAGUAACUGAUAAAAAGACUAGUUGCAAUCCUUCAGGAAUAACAAUUCCCACCAUACAUUUGGGCCAGAAGUGCGACGACAAACCACAAAUUAUUGUCACGAAAAUCCGAGUUGAAACAAAUCAGUAGAAGUAAAACGUGUGCGGGGAGGACUCUACUCUCUGAAAGUGGCUCGAGUCCGACGGAAAUCAUACUCUUAAAGGAAGAUAAUCGUUAAACAAGCUUUCAGCUAUAGAGUCCUCGGCGUACGCAGGACAAACUAAUUUUUGCAGCGGAACUCAAAACACACACACGCCACCCGUAUCUAAGCCGAUGGCGGUUGUUUGUUCGUCGCUGGAGCACUAAAUGGUGAGGAUCGAAGCGGUCUGUAGACGACAACGCUUGCGCUCAGACACGAGAGUAAAAUUGCAAUCCCCGUUAUUGUGACGACAAAACCAUCUGCUAUUAUGUGAAAUAUCAUAUUUUUGAUAUACGACUCAGUGACGUAAAGUUGAUCUACUGAGUCGUCGAGGCAAGUUGUAGCGCAUCGCAUCGCAGUGCAAUAUGUCCACAAGAUGAAAAUCUACUUGGGGUACGAGAGGAUAGAAAGCAAAAAUACAGCGAAGUGUAAGAAGAGAGACGGUUUACCUUAUCGAACGCUUAGCUGAUCAUAAAAGUCGCCUUUAUGAUCAGUAGCUAAUAAGCUUCAAAGAUAAAGCUAAGUUCCAAGCUUCACCUGGGACCACUUGCUCUUCGUUUUGGGGAGCUAUUCUUUAUUAAAGCAUCGCUAUUUGAAAGCUUUCAAUAUGGAAACCAGCGAUCUGGUCGGAGCUGUCAGCGUAAUUUUUGAUUCUAUUAAAAAUAUUACAAUGUUUGAGGAUCUGUUUUUGUAAACAAUGAAGCACAUCUACGGGGUAAAUCACUAUAGUGAAAACUGAAACUAUAAAGACUGUGGUUGCGCAAAAUUGAGGUCACUUUGGCAAACAUAUCUAAGAGUCCUUAAAGAUGGUUUGUUUGCUUUGGAAAAAAUGACGUUUAGAAACGAUGGUCACAUCCAAUACAGUCUAUGAUGCCACACACGAAUAAACCUGGCAAUUGGUUUUCGUUGGUAGUACUUAUAUCUUGCACAAACGUGUACGACGGUCAAUAAGCUGAAAUAUUUAAUGAGCUCAUUUAGGUCUGAAAUCAACGAAUUCCCUCAACGAAUCUACCGGUUCGGAACUUAAAAGUUAACAGGAAGUAGAACGACUUUUCUCUGGUACGAAAAUAGUGUCCCGGCACCCAACGGCGUAUUUACAAUGGCCAGUGGUUGUCAUCGGGGAAGAAUUGCGCUACCGGAAUGACUCCGGUAAAGAAUUUCUUGAGUUGCUUGAUAUGAGAAAAUGGAGGACGUAGUGUAAGGAUGUACUCGAUUGUGAGCCAAUGCCAGUCUUACUGGACCAUUGAACCGCACAUGUGUGGUUUCUAUUUGUCAUAUAAUCAGCACCUUUCGCCCUCACUUAGAGCAGAGGAUAGUCAUUGUACACGAACGUCGCGCCUACGGCGGCGGCCGCGUUGCCCCGCUGAGCAUUCAUCGACAGGCGUUUCCACAUGAACGACCUAACCGUUAGGUCCGCAGUGAUUCUUUCAAGAUUAUCGAGGAUACUUUAUAAAGGGCAGCAAGUGAUUGCGUGGUCAGCAACUGGACGUCCGGAAUGAGUAUCCAUUUGCUUUGUCCUGUGACACCGGCAGAACGUUCAAGGAAAUUCAUGUAUUGUUUUAACGGAAAAUCUAUCGGUGGGACCGACAACAAACAGUGGGAACAAAUCCGACACAAGAAGAAUAAGCCAGGAGUAAAUAUGGCGACUCUGCCGAUCCUUCAACCUGUGUACAUGGUUGUACGUCGCUUAUCGAGACUUGCCCUAUGAGCAUGAAGAUCACAGGGACACCAACACCAUCAGCUGGAUCACUCGUUAGAAGAACGUUCGAUCACGAUGAUUCUCGGUUGGGUCGUCGUCGUCGUCGUCGUCGUUAGAUUUUAAGCUUUUAACAAACAAAUAAAUCGGUCCACUUGAGAGCCAGAAAAAAUGGAGAAGGGACAAAGAUGAA